GCGGCUCCCGCUGAGUAGCGGAGGCGACGCGGGAGCUGUUGUUUUAUUUUUAAGAAGAAACAUGGAAAAUGGUGCAGUUCUGCUGGAAUCCAAAUCCUCACCAUUUAGCCUAUUGCAUGAAAUGCAUCAGCUGCGCCUUCUUGGCCACCUGUGUGAUGUGACAGUCAGUGUGGAGUACCAGGGUGUCCGCGAAGAAUUCAUGGCCCACAAGGUGGUGCUAGCAGCUACCAGCAAAUUUUUUAAGGAACAGUUUCUUAAUGAGAAAACUAUGGAUGGCAGUAAGACUAAUGUUUACCUAAGUGAAGUGCAGGUUGUUGAUUUUGCUUCAUUUCUUGAGUUUGUCUACACUGCAAAGGUACAGGUGGAAGAAGAUCGGGUGCAGCGAAUGCUGGAGAUGGCUGAAAAACUGAAAUGUUUGGACUUAUCAGAAACUUGUUUUCAAUUAAAGAAACAAAUGUUGGAAUCAGUACUUUUGGAGUUACAGUUCUCAGAGCCCCAGACGGCAGAAGGAAGCAAUAACAUCCAAGUCUCUGUGGCUCAUAACCAGCCUCUGGCUCCGACCAGUGCAGUGGAGGACACUCCUCUCACCAAUGGCCUGAAUGAGUCCUUAGAGCUGCCAGGGGAGAGAAUGAGCAAUGGCUUGUUAUCAGACAUGCCCUUAAAGAAGUCAAAGGAGAAACCAGACAAGAAAAAAGACAUCAUUAAGCCUUCCUAUCCGAAAAUCAGGCGAGCUAGUGGAAGACUGGCUGGUAGAAAGGUAUUUGUGGAAAUUCCCAAAAAGAAAUACACAAGACGACUCCGAGAGCAGCAGAAAAUUGCUGAGGAUGACAUAGGAAACUACACCUAUCCCCAAGAUCCCAGCCCAGAUACUGAGGUAAAGAUGGAGCCAAGUACUAAUAAUGAGGAAUGCAGUGGUGGGGUGCAGGUGGAGGAAGUGCUGCAGAAAGUGGGCCAGGGGGAGGAAGAGGAGGAUGAGGAUGUAGAUAAGAAGAGCAACUUCAAAUGCACUAUGUGUGACAAAGCCUUUUUGUAUGAGAAGAGCUUUCUAAAACACAUCCGGCACCACCAUGGAGUUGCCACGGAAGUGGUUCAUCGCUGUGAUACUUGCAGCCAGACCUUUGCCAACCGCUGCAACCUGAAGAGCCACCAGCGCCAUGUGCAUAGCAGUGAGCGCCACUUCCCUUGUGAUCUCUGUGGGAAGAAGUUUAAAAGAAAGAAGGAUGUCAAGCGUCAUGUGGUGCAGGUCCACGAGGGUGGAGGUGAGCGGCACCAGUGCCAGCAGUGUGGCAAGGGCUUGAGCUCCAAGACGGCCCUAAGGCUACAUGAGCGGACACAUACGGGUCACAAGCCCUAUGGCUGCACAGAAUGUGAGGCCAAGUUCUCACAGCCUUCUGCACUCAAGACCCACAUGAGAAUUCAUACAGGGGAAAAACCUUUUGUCUGUGAUGAGUGUGGUGCAAGAUUCACUCAGAACCACAUGCUGAUUUAUCAUAAAAGGUGCCACACAGGUGAAAGGCCUUUUAUGUGUGAAACAUGUGGCAAGAGUUUUGCUUCCAAGGAAUAUUUAAAACAUCAUAAUAGAAUUCAUACUGGAUCAAAACCCUUUAAAUGUGAAGUUUGUUUCAGGACUUUUGCCCAGCGGAAUUCACUUUACCAACAUAUUAAAGUUCAUACAGGGGAGCGUCCUUAUUGCUGUGACCAGUGUGGUAAGCAGUUUACUCAGCUAAAUGCUCUGCAGCGGCACCAUCGGAUCCACACAGGAGAGAAGCCUUUCAUGUGUAAUGCAUGUGGGAGAACUUUUACUGACAAGUCUACUCUCCGGAGGCACACAUCAAUACAUGAUAAAAAUACCCCAUGGAAAUCUUUCCUUGUUAUUGUGGAUGGCUCACCCAAGAAUGAUGAAGGGCACAAGACUGGACAACCUGAUGAAGAAUAUGUGUCAUCCAAACUUUCAGAUAAAUUGCUGUCUUUUGCAGAAAAUGGCCAUUUUCACAACUUGGUCCCAGUUCAGGACAGUGUAUCGACCAUGGAUGAAAAUAGGUCUGCGGACACUGCCUGCAAGUCAGACACUCCCAUGGUGUCCCAGGACACACUGUUGGCCACCACUAUCAGUGAGCUUAGUGAGCUGACUCCCCAGAGAGAGUCAAUGCCUACACAACUUCAUCCUUUAACCAACAUUGAAUAAGCUUAAAGAUACCUGCCAAGCAGGUCUAUCUUUUUGCCCAGGAAAACAAGAAAAUGUC